GUUUUUAUGUGUACCUUAAUGUCUUCCGUGAAGGUUUCUCUGUCUGGUGGAGUGUCAGCUUCUCAUUUUCUGUAAGCAGGAACUUAUGGUAUGGACUCUUGUUUGCUAGGACAGCUCAUCUAGCUUCUCUCUGUCAUGCUUCUUCAAAGCUGACACUCAUCUACCUUUUUCAAGACUCUCAGUAAUUAAUGCUUAAGUUUCUGUGCCCUAAUUUCUCUCUGCAACCUAAUUAUUAUUGUAAUUUUGAUGGCUGCAGUGUUCUGAAGGGAUCACAGGUAAUUUUUGAACAAAAAUACCUUGAUAACCACUUAUGCUACUCAUUCUCUCAUUUUUAUGUAUUUGGUAACGAAGGGCGAGAUAGUUGAAAUUCUAGAUGAAAUUUCAACACAAAUUUAGACGGUUUUCUUUAGUUCUUCGCUUUGAACAUUCAAAAAUUUUUAAUUGGAGUUUUUUAGCAAUGUUUUUGAAGAAGAAAUGUCCAAAGCUUAAUACAUUACGCAAUUUGAAUUUUACAAGAAAUUUAGAUAAAAAAAGGCAUCCUUCAUUCUUUUUUUCCCUUGAAAAUUUAUAUAAUCUGUUUCGUUUCCUCAGUGCUAGUGAAGCUUCACAGAGUUCAUCAUCCAUCUUGUAUUCAGCAAGAAUGGCUGACCCAUUUGAAAGAGUUCACAAAAUGACAGUGACAGUUGGAGACCAAGAAAGCAUGAUCUAUGAGGAAACUAGCACAAGAGGAUAAAAACAGAAGUGGGUAUAAAGAAGAGCUGGAGGACCUUUGAAGAAAGCAUAACAAAAAGGGAAGACUUUGGACACAGGUUAGAGAAGACCAGAGAGACACCAGAGAACACAGCAAGACACAAAGUAAAAUAGAAUAUUUGUUUUGUCCUUGAUAAUCCUUGUGGGCCCCUUCCAACUUGGCAUAUUCUCUGAUUCUGUGAAUUUAGGUCAUUCACAGGGAGGCCGAUACAGGUCUGUGAAAAAGUCUGUUGCCACCAGUAGUGUUGAUCCUUCUACACAAAAAAACUUCUAAGGAGCAAGCCUCCAGGGGCAUAUUGUAAAAGGAGUCUUUGUCUUGCAUGGUUUUAUGUUGGCAUUCAGUUUUGUUAUGUGGUAUUAGAUGUGAGUAUGCUUAUUUAAUGUUUAGGAUAGCAGUGCUUUAUUUCUAUGGACAUAUUCUGUGAAAAGGGGUGUUCCUUGUCUUUUGUCUAAAUAUUGGACACGUUUUUUGCUUGUUUGUUUGCUUUUGUUUGGUUUGGUUUUAGUUGUUUUGUUGUUGUUGCUUUCUAAUUCUUUUAUGCAACCUGGAAAUAAAACCAACUGUGUCACUUUACUAUUAAAAGCAUCUAGGUAGUAUGCUAUACAAGAUCAAAGAAUGUUUGUGAAUAAAGUAUUAGUCUCUUCUGCAGUGAUGAGAAUACUUAUAGACUUCAAGGUAGCAAGAGACAAGCGGUGGUGUCAGCAAGUGACCAAAUUGUAUGUUUUGUGGUCUUUACAAAUUGACAUGCAGAGCCAAAAUAUCACAAGCUGAAAUAAUGAAUAACCAAGAGGCUGAUGUUCUGCGUUGCUGGAGUUGUAGAAAAUACAUAGCAAAUUCUGUUUGCCUUGCCAAAUGCAAUGGAAAAGAACUAUCUGAAACAUCACAAACUUCAGCUGCUGCUCAGGACUCUUGCAGUGUGAAUUUAGAUGCCAUUCCAGAGUAGGUGAAAUGUGUCAUUGAAAAGGCAGAGUGGACAAUUGGAAAACUGCACUGUCCAUUUUGUGAGGCCUGCUUAGUGGGCUUUAACUUUGUUUGCAACAAAAGAUAUUUCUGUGAACAGUUAGUAAAUAUACAUUUCUGCAAACAGACUGACUCUCAACCACCUUUCUCUGUUAAAUUGUCAAAAUCAUGAGGAAAACAUUUGCCUGUCCUCAAAAAUCAGUCUGGUUUUAGCAAGGAUACCUACCAUGAAGUGGUAACUGCAACUUUGCAAAUCAAAAGUCAAGGACUUUCCUACAUGGCUAGAAAUAAUAAUGGUCCUGGAAGAUUAACAGAAGCGCUUUGUCUAGAAGUAAAAACUCCAAGAUAUGAGAUGAAAAGUAAAAAGCUUCCCUUAAGGGCAUUAAAUCAGAACAGAAAUCUCUCUUCUUCCUAUCCUGUAAGAUGCACUGUAAAACCUUUUCACAGAAGAUCACGUAGUUUGGAUUUACAUAUCAGAGAGAGACUGUUUUUGUCACCUGUGUUAUAUGAAACUUGCAGUAUGGGAACAAUUUACCAUGGCCGAAAUGAAAACCCACCUGUUUACGCACAGGGUGGUUUGCAAUUAGAGUCCAAUAGGAAAGAUGGUAGUUCUUUUCAGGACCUAUGUAGUUCUAGUGCUGCCAAACUACAAAACCAAUUUCAGGUUACAUCCUUUACCACAUUACUGCACAGAGGAACAGAAAGUGAGUGUGAUUUUGGAGCUCAUGGACAAUCUUCUGCAAGUAUCAUUGCUGGUAGGUCACCAUUUGUGCUGAAACUUUCUUCACCUAUGAGGGCUGUAGAAGACAAAGAGUACCUCACACCUGUUGGUCUUGUGCAGCCUACAAGUAUUUCCUUCAACCAAAAGCUGAGAAAGAGAGAAAGAAGCCUGAGGAGAAAGCAAAGAAGGUGAGAACGAUGGCUACAGAACCAAGUAGAUUUUCAAAGAUGCUCAGAUACUGUAAUAAGGAGGCAUUUCCCACAUGCUGCUCACAGGAUGGACUAUAUGGACUUUGAGGAUGAUAGCUGUGGAUGGCGGUUUGAUAUGGACAUGGUGAUAAUCUACAUUUAUUCAGUCAACUGGAUAAUAGGAUUUAUUGUUUUCUGUUUUCUUUGUUAUUUCUUUUUCCCUUUGUGGGCUGUAGAAAUCACACCCCCGCCGAGCCCCCCACAGCUUUACCACGGCAGCUUGGUGCCCGGUCCCGGAGCGCGGCAGCGCACCCAGCACACCGUGGGGCCCUGGGGGACUCCCACAAGAGCUCGGCUGGCUCCACAGAAGCAGCUCUUGGCCCUGCCGCCUGCUCUGCCGCCGCCUCUGCCGCCAGGGUUCCUCCGCCGCGGCUGGCGGUGCCUCUCUCUGCCCGGCCCGUCAUGGCGGCGGUCCCAGCGCACAGCCCCCGGCCCCGGCCCCGGCGUGCCGGACUCAGGCGGCAGUUUGAACAAUCUCAAAGGCAAUUCCUAUGUUCUUGUGUCCAUCUGA